AUGGCAGACCAACCCAUCAGCCUCCAGUGGUCAGCAUCCUACAAUGUUGCCUCUCCUUCCGAGCGCACAUCCAUAGGCCUCGAGGGCGACAAAAUCCGCCUCCCCCAGUCAGCCCUCGAAAACCUCCUUUCCGAGUCAACCAAACAAGCCAGCAACCUCGGUUCAGCAUAUGAUCCUUCAAAUCCCUACGCACGUGCCGCAAGACCCGAGUACUCAGACUCUUUGGCGGGCUUCACCGGUCAAUUACCGAACCCUCUCAUGUUCCGCCUCGUGAAUCCCGCAAACGGCAACACGGUCUAUGCUGGAAUACGGGAGUUCUCGGCCGAAGAAGGCCAGGUGGCGCUGAGUCCAUACUUGCUGGAGGCAUUAGACAUCAACUCGGCGGAUCUAAAAGACGGGCACGAGGUGGAAAAUGCAGUAGACUUAACGGGGACAAAUGGCAACUCUGGAGGGGCCCCCAUCAGGGUCGACGCCAAACUCCUCCCCAAAGGCACAUAUGUUCGGCUGCGGCCGCUGGAAGCUGGUUACAACCCAGACGACUGGAAGGCACUGCUGGAGCGCCACAUGCGCGGCGCAUUCACAACAUUGACCAAGGACGCCAUACUAUCAGUUCGUGGCGUGAAAGGCGAGACAUUUCAAUUUCUAGUGGACAAGUUCGAGCCCGAAGGAGACGGAAUCUGUGUUGUAGACACGGACUUGCAAGUGGAUAUCGAGGCUCUCAAUGAGGAGCAAGCUCGUGAAACUGUGCGUCAGAUCAUGGCCAAGGCACAACGCGCGCCAGGGACAGCUGAUGGCAGCUCAGUCGGUGGAACAAUCGAUAUCUGGAAACCAGUCCAAGGCCAGGUUGUAGAAGGAGAAUAUGUUGAUUACGAAUUGGAUUCUUGGGACAAGAGCUGCGACUUGGAAAUAGGUUUGAGUGGGAUACAGGACGGACAUGAGAUCGACCUCUUCGUCAGCCCUCGAUCUGCGCGCUCCCGCGUCCCACCUCGCGACUCCGAGCACAUUUUCGGAGACUUUUCGACGCCAGUUCAAGGAGCCAAGAAGAUCAUAUUGUCCCCUCGGAACGUCGAGUUAGACGGCGCCGAUGGAUUGCGGAUAUCUGUCCAUGGACACUCGUUUAAUGAUCAACCCUCCUCAACCGCGACCCCAAGACCUUUCACUUUAAGGGCUCGGGCUGCCUCGGACGAAGCAAUCUCGACGACGGCCGAAAAUGCGCAAGAAUACACCGCGGACGAUGAGCAGUGUAAAAACUGUCUCCAGUGGGUACCAAAACGAACCAUGUUCAUGCACGAAAACUUCUGCCUGCGGAAUAAUGUGGUCUGUCCGCAUUGCAAGAACGUCUUCCAGAAGCGCUCUCUAGAGUGGCAGAAUCAUUGGCACUGCGAUCGCGAUGACAGCUACGGCAGCUCCGCUGAAAGCAAAUCCAAGCAUGAUUCCAUCUUUCACACACCACACACCUGCUCAAGUUGCGGGCCUGACCAGACCUUUCCAUCCCUCCCACUCCUCGCUCGUCAUCACACCACAGUUUGCCCAUCCAAACUCAUCCUCUGCCAAUUCUGCCACCUCGAAGUCCCACAGGAAGGCGACCCGACAGACCCCGCCUCGGAGGCCGAAACAGCCAUCUCAGGCCUCACACCGCACGAGCGGGCGGACGGCGCCCGGACGACAGACUGCCACCUCUGCGGAAAGAUAAUACGGCUGCGGGAUAUGGCGGCGCACACGGCGAACCACGAGCUCGACAAGAAGUACCGCGAGGCGCCGCAGAUCUGCCGUGACAAGCUUUGCGGGCGCACGCUGCACGGCGUUGGGCCCCGGGGCCAGAUCGGCGCGGGCACGCGGAUGGGGCAGGGCCCGGGUAACGACCUGGGCCUCUGCUCGAUCUGCUUCAGCCCGCUGUACGCGUCCAUGCAUGACCCGGACGGCAAGGCGCUCCGGCGCCGUAUCGAGCGCCGCUACCUUACGCAGCUCAUGGCCGGUUGCAACAAGGCCUGGUGUGCUAAUGAGUGGUGCAAGACGGGGAGGAAGAACCUGGGCGCAGAGCCCAAGGCCCCCGCUGGAGGCGCGGCUGGCCUGAUACAGGAGGUCAAGCCGCUUGUUGCUGAAGUGGAUGACCGGAGUAAGCCCAUGUACUUCUGCGUGGAUGAGGGCGGUCAGAAACGCCGCAUGGUUGCGGAGGUGCUGGCUUCGGAGGGCGUCUGGGAUCUGGAGUGGUGUAUUGCUGCCGCUGAGGCAGAGGGUCCAAAUAUGGACAAGGGGAGGGAAUGGCUGAGGAAUUGGGCGCCUGCCAAGGGCGGCGCUGUUGCUUGA